CAUUUACAGUACAUUAUUGUUCACAAUCUGAAGUAUGAAAAUUUUUGUGAUGUCUUAUCUUUAAAAUUAACCCUCGUGAAAAAUUUAUUUAUUUCACAAAAUUAUAGUUUUGCAAAAGUGGUUAGUGGCUGGUAUGAACUACAAAUCAUCACAGUAAAUUUUAUGGUGUAGUGGAAUAGUUUCAACUGAAAUAACUUCAUUAAAAAACAUGAAGUCUUCAAAGGUAUCAGGGAAAAGGAUAAAUAACUUUGAAGUUUACCCAAAAAAUGCAGUGGCCAAGACGAUAAUGUACCAGAACAUGUCUAGCCACUACCGUCGCAUCUACAGUGCCAAGUCCAGGAUAGACACAGGCCCUCCAUUCUCUCACAAGCCAAAACCUAUUCAAUGGAAUAAGAAACAGAAAGAAUACACCAUGCUAAAGCCAAGCCAGUCAUCUGUAACAUUGACUCCAUCCAGCAAGUCAUGUAGUAGACAAGGCUGUGGUGACCGAGCAUCUCCCAGUUUUCAGCCACAGAUAUCACAAAGCAGCGCAGAGUCUAAACUACGAACAUUAAGAGUGUACCAUCCACCUCGCAAACGGAUCUACUCCACCUUACCAGCUUCCACAGAGUUGAAAAGUGAUCCAGAAGUAUCAGUACCUGAAAUACCUUGGAUUCGCACCACAGAGGAAGUGAAAACAACAGUUUCUAAAGGCAGUAGUUCUGAUUCUGCAUAUACAGAGGAGGGGGAAGGAAACUGGUCAGGAGGAGAGAGCCGAGGACCAACCCCCGUAUCUGACACUCGGAUAAUAUCCAGGUCAGAAGAUUUGCUGUACGUCAAAUUCAUUGGUGGAAUCACAGAAGAAGUGCUGAGGAAAGGAAUAUUUACAAAUAAAGCUUUAAAAAGCAUUUUUCAAAGCCACAUAGAUGCCCAUAAACAGUACCUGAAUUUGCGGAGAAUGCAAGAAGAAGUAGAAAAGCUGCAGCUAGAGCUUGGUAUCCCAAAAGAUGACAGUCCAGACUUUGUGUCUAGUUAUGAGUCGAUAUCCACCACAGAGAGCAUAAGCAAAAUCUCCAGUUCAAAAGUUGAGGAUAAAGAACUAAUGGAAGCGCUGAGACAAUUGAAUCUUAGUCCCUCAUUGAAAGCGGAUGUUGCCAAGUCUCUUGGUCUGUAUUCACCACUAGAUAUUUUGAGCAACUCUAACAGCACUGAGAGUCUGAAGGUCCGUACUCACAGUAAACGUACAACAUUCUCCUCACCAUUAGAGGUGAUCCACGAUGUCAGCCACAAGGCGGAAAAGUUACCUCUCAGUGACGAUGACAGUUAUGAGAUACUGAGCGAGGGCUCAGAGUCUAGACCUCUCACGCCUCUGGGUCUCUCUUGGUGAACUAGAGACAGUUGACUGCGGUGCAGUGGCUUCUCUCUAUCUGGCUCUCCACAAGUGCUCUGUGAGCUUUAAAAGGUCUCCUAUGAAGAUAUGUUAUAUUUGGAUACUAUUUUUAUGUUGAGUAUAGGUAGCACAUAUUUUUGUAUGAAUAAAUAGUAUUUCUUAAAUCUAA